AUGAUGGGCUUCUGUCCGCAGGGCAAGGACCCUGGAUUCGGGGAGUUCGUGGGGAAGGUCAGCAAAGUGUUACCGGUUGGCUGUGCCUUCAUCGAGUGCCAGGAGAUCAAGGAUUUGUAUGAUCAAGAUGCCUACGUGCACAGUUCGGUCAUGCAACAAUGUGGUCUACAGUUGGGCGAUGAGAUUUGCUUCAACGUCCACGUGAAUGCAACUGGACGGCCGCAGGUGUCGGCCCCAUGCUGGAAGCGAAAACGUGGCUGGAAGCGGCCAUGGACGGAGAUGCAAGCAGAGGCCCAGGACGUCUCUGCAGUCUCCGCUCCAGCUCAAGGCAAGUUCGGAGGAAAAAGCGUUGCCAAAGGAAGCAACGGCUCUUGGAAACCACCUGCAGAGGAGGUACCGAAGGCAUCCAGAUCCCCAAGUGUGGCGGAUGCUGAGGAGCCUGAGCCGGCCGGAGCCGAGGAGGUUCUAGCCACUGCGGGCCUGAGCGCUUCGGAGAUAUCGGAGUGCGUUCGCGUGCUCUGGCAGAUCCAGCAGGCUCAGGAGCUGGGAAGGCUGGAUCCGAAUGCCAGCUGCCUAAGGUCUCUGCGAAAAGUCCUGUCGCAGCUUUCCAAGCAGACCUUCGCGCAUCUCCCGCAGAAGAGUCAACUCGAUGAGAAUGAGCGGAAGCGGGCUGAGAAAGACCGCAAAAGGGAGCGUCGACAGAGGCAACUGGAGGCAGACAAGCGCUUCCAAGAAAACACCCAGCUGCGAGCCUCGCGGUUGGCAAAGCUUCAGGCCCUGGAGGAAUCGGCGGACACCGAGAAGCUGCAAAGUUCGUGUCGUGGUUCACAUGAACCACUUCGCAUCCCUGAUGGCCCGGCCAGUACGGAGGCUGAAGACUGCACGACAUCGCCGGCGGACGACGGAGAGCAAGAGUACUGUCGGCAGCAAGCUUGCUACAUUUGCAAGGUUCGCUUCUCCGAGAGACAUCAUUUCUAUUCCCAUUUGUGUCAAGUGUGCGCUGCCCUUAAUUUUGAGAAACGACACCAAUCCCGGGACCUCUUCGGUCGCACUUGCCUGGUCACUGGUGCACGCGUGAAGAUCGGCUUCCAGGUCUCUACGAAGCUGCUGCGCAUGGGCGCUCGGGUGCUUGCCACCAGCCGCUUCCCACAGGAUGCACGGAAGCGUUACAUGGCCGAGCCUGAUGCCGAGCAGUGGCUCGAUCGUUUAGAGAUCAUCGGAGCCGACUUCCGAUUUCUCGGAGGGGUGGAGGCGAUGUGUGCCCAACUCAAGAGAAGAGAGCCCUUCUUGGACAUCAUUGUCAACAAUGCCUGCCAGACUGUACGUCGGCCUGCGGCAUACUAUGCCCAUCUCCUGCGUGAUGAAGCACAUCCAUCGCAUCCCUACCCUUCUCUCGCCAAAGGGCCACAGUUUGAACUGGAGCCGCAAGGGUCGGGCCAGGAGCAGGCGGAGCUGACAACUUCCUGUGGCUUUGGUCACAUGGGCGGCAGUGCCGCACUGUCGCAACUUCUCGUUCUGGAGGAGGACCAGAAGGAAGAUGCCCUAGCUCUGCCUUCUGGUAUGCGAGAUGUUCACGGGCAGCAGCUGGAUCUUCGAAGCACGAACAGUUGGUUGCUCAAAUUGGGCGAAGUCGAAACCCCGGAAGCUGUCGAAGUCUUUUGCAUCAAUGCCAUGGCGCCGUUCAUCAUCAACAGCCGACUGCGGGGCUUGCUGGAAAGAUCUCCGCACCCGGACAGAUACAUCAUCAAUGUGUCCGCAAUGGAGGGCAAGUUCUACAGGUACAAGCAGCCAACCCAUCCACACACUAACAUGGCCAAGGCAGCACUCAAUAUGAUGACUCGGACUAGCGCCGAAGAUCUGGCCUCUAACAGCGGGAUCUUCAUGAACAGCGUGGACACCGGAUGGAUCAACGAUGAAAAUCCACUGCCGACGGCACAGCGCAUUGCUGAAAAUCACCAGUUUCAGACACCCAUAGACGAAGUCGAUGCAGCAGCGCGGAUUCUCGACCCGGUGCUGAUGGGUCUGGACGCGGUGAAGUCUGGGCAUGCACCCUGCCGGCGGGCCAGAAAGGGAGGUGCCGAAGAGCUUGGCGACGGUCCAGUCUGGGGCUGCUUCCUCAAAGACUACAAGCUGUCAGACCCGCACUCAGCCAUGGAUUCUCGAGUGGUGAUGCCAGUGCCAAAGCUCAGCCAAAAGAAGUGUGCCGCAUCGAGACUUGGUCAGUCGUGUCCAAAUCCCCUGGGGCAGCUGCUUGGAUAUGUUCUAGAGCUGAACCUGGCAAAGGAAAGGGACUUGGCUCCUCGGUCAACUGCGUAUGUGGGGUUGAGAUUGAAUGCCAGCAAGAGCCCUGGCAGCACCGUCGACAGCGGUGCGGACGCAGGUGAGUUCCUGAUUGGAACGAUCAAGAUCGCAGCGCGUGGAUUUAGCAUGAUCUCCUGCCCAGACUCCGGGUUUGAAGCAGACGUCUACAUCCACCGUACCAUUGCAAGCCCAGAGAACUUUGCCGUCCGUGAUGUGGUUGCCUUCACCUUUCACAUGAGUGAAAAGGGACAGCCUCAAGCAGAUGUGGUUUUCCGACUGUCUGGUUUCGUGCCUGCCGGAAAGACCGCGAGCUUCCCACCGAACAUGGGUACUGUAACAAGAGUGCUCCCCAAUGGCAGCGGCUUUAUCGAUUGCCCUGAAGUCAGCGGCGUCUAUGGUGCGACCCCAACUCAUCAAGUAAAGAGAUUCCGACGCGCUACAAAGUACCUGGGUGCCGUCUUCGUGCACGGCAGUGUGGUGGAGCAGUGCGGCCUCCAAACUGGGGAUGUACUCGCCUUUGACGUUCAUGUCAGCAAAGAUGGCAAUCCUCAGGUGUCUGCACCUUGCUGGGUCCAAGCCGCUGCCGGCAACACGCAGGAGCGACGGCAGUCACCUCCAGUUGUUCAGCUGCCGGCAAAGGGGUCUUACUUCUCCCCCUCCGGCAAAGGUCAACAACCGCUCAGUAAGGGGAAAGGCUUCGGCAUGGGCGCAGCGACUGGCCCCAAAGUGACCUUGUCCAAGGGAGGAACCAUGCGGGUGGAAGCACCGACCCCCGGGCCGCCGAAAGGCGCCACCAGCCCCGUCCCAUUCCAUCCCAGCGGCGCUGGGUGCAAGGGCAAGCCUGGCAAGCAAGCUGGCAAGCCCGCACCUAGUCCGCCUGGCAAAGGCAUGAAGGGCAAGAUUCAGUUGCCCCAAGCUUGGAAGGCACAGCAGGCCCUCGGGGGCGCUCCGAGACCAGGCCCAGGUAGAGAUACAUGGAGUAUGAAGGCUUCUGCCAAUCAUAUAGAUAGCCUUGACAUAGACUGGAUGGCCCCCGACUUCCACGCUGGACGAGUUUCGCUGAUAGACUUAGAGAAAUUCGUCAGCUUGGUAAGAUGUCCAGCAUCAGGCUUUUCACGAGAUGUCUACGUGCAUCAGUCGGUUGCAGACCCAAGCGCGCUGAGCCUGAAUGACGUGGUCUGCUUCAAGGUUCACAUGAACAGCAAGGGCUUGCCUCAGGCAUCGGCCCCCUUCUGGAAGCGAGUCGGCAUUGAAAGUAGUGAGAGCUUCACUCGCUUCGGUGAGUUCCAGGGCCUCGUCGUGAGGUCCGAGGACGGGCCCAUAUCCAUAGACUGCCCUGAUGUGACCCAGCUGCAUGGACGAGAUGCAGUGAUGCAAGAGGAAUCUGCCGAGCUGUGCCAGCUGGUUGAAGGAAACUUGAUAUGCUUCGAUGUGCGGGCACCUCAGCAGUCGGCCCACCUUGUCGGAGAUCUGGAGUGCGAGAAACGUCGGAACCAUGGACAGCCCAUCAUGAUGUGCUGUCUCCAUGUGUCUCUCCGCCUGGCUGGCUAG